CUUUUUACCACGAAACUCAAACAUACAGCUGUCCCGCUAUAUAAACAAGUAAGAUCUUCGGGGACGCCUGUGCAGACAGUAACCCUCCUACAGAGGACAUUUCCACUGCCAGCCAUGGAGAAUCAUGAAGACAUUGAAGCCCUUUUGGCGUUUGGACUGGCUCUCAAUAUGGCGGGAGCACAACGUGUGAAGGACGUAGCCGUGAGCGCAGCAGUUGCUGGCAAAGCGGCUUUGGAGCAGGAAGACUUCAGUAAGGCAGAAGAUAAUCUACGCAAGGCCCGUCUGCUGUUCAGCAGACUUCCCCAGGAUGAAAACAAGGACGCCAUGGGUGACGUUUUGAAGAACUUGAUAAUGUUGCACCAAAAGAAAGGAAACAUCCCUAAGGCUUUGCAGGUCGCACAGGAACGCCUUGCGUUGUUACCAAUGGAUUUUUACUCACCAUGGUUGACUGCAAAGAUCAUGCUACAAGUAAACGAAUUGGACAAAGCGCUGGAUCUUUUCUGUAUCAGUUUUAACCUGAGCAAGACAGAGGACCAGCACGUCGAUAGCCUGGUGGAAGUUGUAGAUCUGCUGUACAGAACCAAAGGUCAAAAUGCAGACAGAUGUGACAUCAACGCCUCCUCGUCCAUUUGGAAAAAAGUCAUCAAACGAUUGUCCGAGGCGAAGAAGUGGGAUUUGAUUAACACACUGCUGGGCCUGUCUCCUGUGAAAUGUACGGUGUUGGACGGAAAGGCCCGGGGUUGCGGGGCGGAGGGGGUCAAUCUGGGGCUUUUGAUGGACUCCCUGAGAGACAGAACUGUUACGACCUGGCAACAGAAUCUGGCGGUGGCGUUACUGAAGGACGGGGCCCCCUUAGAAACGAUCCGGGGGUCGUUCAAUAACCCGCCAAUCCACGUGGCUUUGGCAAUUGGUCUACGAUCAGGAUGUUUCCAGCUUCUUGAAUAUAUCCUAGAGAAAAGUACGUUAAGGGAGGUAAAUCAGUUGGAUUCUAACGGCGACUCGACUUUUCACGUGAUAGUGAAGUCUGGCAAGGCCCAUGGAUCUGAGGGUCAAACCGCCGUCCGGCUGCUGGUCCGACAUGGCGGCCGCUCGGACAUCCGGGAUAGGCACGGAAAACUGGCCACCGAGUACGUCAGCGAUUUGAUGCAAAACACCGAAAUGUCACAGUCGACAAGUGAGGACAUAUUUUCACGGCUCGAGAUGUUGAGAGAAAAGGGCAAAAGAUGCAUGGCUACUGGUGAUUAUGCUGGCGCAUUACGUCACUAUACCCAGGCAAUAGGAUUGGUUGACGAAAGCGAGGCUCUGUGCCCGGAUGCCGCUAUAUUUUACAGCAAUCGCUCGGCGGCUUUCAACAAGCAAGGUGACCUCACAAACGCCCUUAAUGACGCCGAAACCUGCAUCCGUAAAUGUCCCGAAUGGCCCAAGGGAUACUGGAGGAAAGGACAAAUAUUGCGGGCAAGGGGAGACUACUUGUCCGCCUUUUUCACGUUCUGGGCAGGGUACGAGUGUCAGAGACAUGCAGAUGAUGCGCUCACGUGUCUUGUGGAUGCGACGUAUGCAAUGAGCCAAAUCAAAGAUUUCCAGCCGUGUUUAGAAAAGUUGGAAAUGGCAGAGAAGCCAGCACUGUCAUCGGCCAUUAAAAUUUUGUCAGAGAGAUCAGAAUGGUGGGCUCUGAAACUGUUGAUGAUGGGUCCCGGAUCGGAUCAGGGUAGUUUGACUAAGCUGGUCCAGGGGGUGUCAGCCAAAGGAGUUAACCUCGGCGGGCUCAUGUCUCGCAUAGAGGCGAUCAGUCACGCCACUGAAAGCUGGCCCUACUAUUUAUUGUGCACCCUGCUCUCUCUGGGCGCAUCUCCCUCUUCCAUGGCCGCGAAUACGCCAUAUCACGUGGCUGUCCAGGUGGCAUUGCGCAUGAACGAUAUGCAGCUCCUUGAUAUUGUUCUGAGAAAUCCGGAGGCCAAGAUGGGAGCUCGAUUGGCACAAGAUGCUAAGGGAGGUAACCUACUUCACACACUGUGCACUUCAUCCGCAACUGGAUCGCUGAUUUGCACGAAAAUUGCCGAUGUUCUGCUUGGGAUCGGAGUCAAUCCUCGUCAGAGAGAUCAGCACGGGAAAGUACCGUCGGAUUAUCUGCCAUUGAACUCUGAACUACGCCAGACGUUGUCGCGAACUAACACAGUGGGAGUUUAAAAUCACAUCAGAUGUAUGAAUAACAAAUCCUCACGCCUAAAAUAGUUUGGGCUCAGACUGUGUGCCCUUUAGUUUAUUCAGUGUGCGCUCUUUAUACCGAUUUCUGAUCCAACUCAUUAUACACUGUACACGUGUUCUAGAACGGUACAAUUCUGAAGAAUGGCCCGGAAGUUGGAGACCACAUGAUAACCCCAUAAUGGGUGAAAAUAAAAUGUCCACCCCGAAGCGAUGGUAAAACAGGCCAAUGUCUUACUCCUUCAUCGACUUGUUUGUACAAUAAAAACAUCACGCAAGCUCCAGAGAAAUAGUCAUACUAACUGGAAAUUGGAAAAAUAUACAAAUUAAAAGAACACCCUGUCGCUGACCUCGACUGAAAAAUAGCUAUUUUCCUAUGUUAUAACAUAACAUAUUCCAACUCCUUGGGAAACGCUUAUUUUAAUGCAUUGCAAAGAAAUGUUGACAGCCUGCUCAAAUGAUUUACUGACAGAACAAUUAUUACGCGCUUUAUAUUACAUGUCGCAACAGAUUGUUUUAAAUGUGGGCUAUGUAAAUUCAUAAUUUUCUGUAAAGAAUCCACUGUGUAUACUUAUUAGGUUCACGUAAUAUACAAGUAGUAUAACCGAGAAACGAAAUCUGCAUUUCGACUCAAUAUUUCCGCAAUUUAUUGCAUCAUCAUCUGGAGUGACAUAGAAUGGGAGACAACAACUAGAGUUAGGAAGUGAAGACUUAACAUAUCUAAAUACACAUUUAUCAGUAAAAUAAAAACGCACUUGUAGUGCACUUGUGAAGUACACUAUACAUUAGAUCUUUUAAACAAGAACACUACGAAAUCGACGGUCCUGAGAAGGUAUCAAGACGGUGGCAGAUACAUGUGGAAACACAACAAACGAGAUCAGUUGAGCCCUAAAGAAAAUAAUGGAAGGGAGCUGUGUGGGGGAUGGGGCAGUGGCGCUUGGUGCUUGCGUGAUAACACGUUGGAUGCCUUUAAGGUGGACUGUUCAGGUUUUAUUUCUCACUUUAUCUAAUUGAAUGGUAUACCUGUGCUGUGGGA